AUGCAAGGUGCAGAACAUAAUAAUGAUAUAUUUUCAACAAAUGAUAAGUUGAAUAUGAAUUCUUUAUCUAAUAAUAUACUUUUUGAUAAAAAUAUGAAUCAAUUUAAUAGGCUGAAAAUAUCUAGUGUUUCAACAGAAGCAUAUUCUUAUAGAUGUUCAACUAAUUCUCUUUCUAAUAAUUUAAGUUCAAAUAAUAUUAACAACUACGAUAUUAAUUUUUCAUCUACAAGUAACGGUGAGAAUGAUUAUAUAUUGAACGCUUUAAAAGAAUUAGGUAAUAAAUAUAAUACAAAUAAGGAUUUCAAUGGUAAUUGCUCUGUGCUAAAUUCAAAACCAUGCAGUUUAACUUAUAAUAAUGAAACAAUUGAACAAAAUGAAAAUGAUGAGGAAUUUUUUUAUAGAUUUGAACAAGAAGAUAAAAAUAGUGAAAAGAAUAAUUUAAUAAAUAAUAUGAAAAAUGAUGGCAAACAGAAAAAUUUACUAGUAUGUACUGAUAAAAAUAAAUUAAAUUUAAGUAUGAUUGAAAAUAAUGAAAAUAAACUUAAACUAUGUAAUGAGGACAUUAUGUACAAACAUAAUUCAAUUAAUAGAAAAGCAAAACUAUUGUCCAUUUUUGAAAAAGCCAAUGAAACAACUUCUAAUGAAGUACAAUUAAAUGCAUUUAAUAAAAAUAGUAAUAAUAUAUUUAAUAAUGUAAUUAAGAUAUCAGAAAAUAUGAAAAACAAUAAUAAAAAUAUCAGAACGGUUAACGUGAAAGAUAUAGUGGAAAAUAAAAAAGAGAAAAAAUUAGUAAAUAAUAACGAGGAUAUUGAAAAUAAAUGUUUCAAAAAUAUAAUUAUUAAUAAUGUAAAUAACGCAUAUAAUAGAAAUAAAUCAAGCAUUACAAUUAUAGAAGACGAUUAUAACAAUAACUUUGAUAUUCAUAAAAAUAAAAAUAAUGAUGAUGAUAAUAAUAUUAACUAUAAUGAUAAUAAUAACAAAGAUAAAAUUAAUAAUAAUGAUAAUAAUAAUAAAGACAAUUUUAAUAAAAAUGUUGAUAUAAGUGAGAAUAACAAUAAUGAUAAUAAUAAUAAAAAUUAUAAUAAUUACAAUGUAUUAUUUAAGAAAUGCGAAAAUGAAGCAUUAAAUAUUAAUAAUAGUGAGGAUAGUUUUAAAAAUAAUAAAUUUAUAUUUAAUAUGAACAAGAAGGAUGUUCUUUUUGAUGCUUCAGAAAAUUUAGAAGUUGAAAAUAAUAUAAAUAAAGAUAAUAAUAACUUUAAUUUAAAUGUAAAUCGUAAUUUAAUUAAUGUAUCAAAUAAAAGAAAGGAUUCUUUAUUUAAAAAUAACUUAAACCAAUUUUUUGAAAAUAUAGAAAAUGACAAUUCAGGUUAUAGAGAUAACAAAACUAAUUACAUAAAAUCAAAUAAAAGUGAAGAGAAAACUCCUGAACAUGGUAUAAAUAAAAUGAGACUUCCUUUUAUUAAUUUAAGUGAGGUAAAUAAAAACUCAUGUAAUAUAUCUGACUCAAAUACAAACAAACAUACACAACAAAAUUAUUUUGAUAGCACAUUUGGUGAUGCACUUACAAAUACAAAUGAAACUAAAGAAAUGGAAAAUUUUGAUGAAAAUUAUUUUUAUGAUUUAAAAAGCGAUGAAGUUUUAUUUUUUGAAAAAGAAAGAAAUAAAAAAAAUAUUAAUUCAAAUAAAGGAGAAAAUCUUUGUUAUCUUAAUGAUACAACAAUAGAGAAUACUAAUAAUUUCAAUAAUAUAUCAUUUAACUUUAGUGAAUACAUUAAUGAAUAUAAAAAUAAUUACAAUUUUAAAGAUAAUAAUGGUAUUACGAUAAGUAAUGCUAAUUUAAAACUUUUAGAAAAAAAUUUAUUAAAAGAAAACAGUUUCAUAUUUACUGAUUAUGAUCCUUUUAAUAAGACUAAUGAAAAUGUAGAAUCUAAUACAAAUGAAAACUUUAACAUUUUUCAAAAUUAUAAAGAAAAUAACAAUAUUUAUAUAAAAGAUAAAACAUUAGAUAGAAUAUAUAAUAAUAAUGAGAACUUAGACAAGUUAAGUGACAUAGAUAAAAUAAGUAUAAUAAAAGUAUUAAAAAACAAUAAAAAUGAUUAUAUAUCGGAAUCAUUAAAUGAUAAAGGUAAUACCAUUUCUUCUUCUAUGAAUAAUGAAAAUUAUAAUUCAUUUUCGGUAAUAGAUAAUUUUAGAAAUUCUGAAACAGUGAAUAGUAAGAAAUUAAUAUUUUUAGAUAAGAUAGAUGAAAGGAUAUUUUUAAAUAACAAAAUGAAUUCAAAAGAUAUAAGCAAUAAAAAUUUUGAUAAAGAUACAAUGAAUAUAUAUAAUAUCAACCAUAGUAAACAUGUAUCUAAUGGGAAACUAUUAUUAUCUGAAAAUUUGAAUUCAUAUAAUUUAGUUUCAAAUUUGAUUAAUAAAAAUGAUGAUUUCCUAAAUUCAUGUACAGAUAGCAAAUUUAAUUUUAAAAACAAAUUUUAUGAAGAUUACAUUUUUCCAGAUAGUUUAAUAGAUGAAAAAAAAGCCAAAUAUGAAGAUAUAAUGAAAUAUUUUGAUUAUUCAAUAAAUAAUAACAAUAAUAUUAAUUGCAAUGAUAAUAAUGAAGAAACAAAUUCAAAAGAUACAGAUAGUAAAAGUAAAAAUUCUUUGGCUAAAUUUACCUUAAUAGUUAAUGUUCCACCCAAUACUACACGUAAAGACUUGAUGGCCGUCUUUAGUAAAUUUGGGAACGUUGAUUUAACUAUGGUUGUUUGUGAUAAACAAUCAAGACAUCCUAAUAAAGAAUGGACAGCAACCUCAGGCUAUGCGUUUGUUCGUUUUGCUACCAAUUUAGAAGCUCAAAGAACUUUAAAUGCAACAACUUCUGGUUUAGUUCGAAUUAGAGGUAGUAGAGUUAGAGCAACUUGGGCAAAAAAAGAUUCUUAUUCAAAAAGAGAAAAAGAAACUACCUUUAAGAUACCAUCUUCUAUUCUUAUUUUAAAUGUAGAAGAAUUUAUUUGUUCUAUUUGUAAAACUAAUUUAUCAUAUGAACCCAGAUUAUUUCCCUGUUGUUAUGCAUCUUGCUGUUCUGAUUGUUUAAGAAGUUAUAUUAUGAAUGAAGAAAAUCAAGAAAAUAUAAAAUGUCCUAAUUGUUCUUUAUCUUUUUCAGAGAGAAUUAUUAAAAUUGAUAAAAAUUCAAAAGGUGCUAUGGCUUUAUUAUAUAAAUUUCAUUGUAAUAUUAAAGUUAGGUGCCCAAAUGAAUGUUGCGAAUGGAUUGGUUUUCAAUAUCAGUAUUUAAAUCAUAUCCUAUCUUGCAAAUUUAAUCAGACAUAA